AUGGCUCCAAAACUCCUGACAGAUCUCCCGUCAGAGAUUCGUCAGCAAAUCUUCAAAGAGUGCCUUAAGGUAGAUGACGGUUAUAUGUACGAUGCCCAAACUGAUAAACUAACGAACGCCGAUGAAGCCCGUACCCCGAUCGACCUCUCCCUUCGUUACACAUGUCGCUCCAUCGCAAGAGACACGAGAACAAUUCCCCUAGCGGUCAACACCAUCCACUUCUCAACCAGCGAUAACUGGCGUAGCUUGGCCGGUUGCUUCAACCUUGUUGCUACUGCGUACUACAUCCUAGAGCAAGACCUGGCCUUUCAUCUCGCUGAGUGUAUUACUCCAGUAAUGUUCGCUCAGCUUGACGCCAAAUUUCCAACAUUUAGGGCUAUGUUCGAAUCAGAACUGGCAAACCACAAUAUCAGAAACCCGGUGAGGGACAGGCCCCCAUCGAGGGAAGCGCUUGUGGAUAGGAUGCGACCUCCCCUCUGUCACUGGGUAGAAUUCUUUUUCAGAUUGAAUGUCGACAGCCCCGAUGUCCUUGGUCCUUCCGCCUAUGUCGGCUUUGCUGAUGUUCAUGAACAAGACUUCAUGGACCCAUAUUUUAGAUUACCAAAAGGCUCACAUGAUGGAUGGCAAGCGCAAUCCGGGGAUAUCCGGGAUGCGCUGUCUUAUUGUCUGCGGCUCAUCGCUAAAGAGGCGCCAACGGAAUUUGACAAUCAGGUAUACAAGACCUUGCCCCACUGGAUUGGCAAGUACCGUCCGCAAGAGUUUCUUGGGCUCAAGUUCAACCUUUGGGACAUUCCUUCAAGGGAGGAUGUCGCCCAUGCAUUGGCUCUGUUGAAUAUUCACGAAUUUGUGUGGAAACUGCCUGAGAUCUGGAAAUAUCCCCGCGGGUUCUACAAGGAACUUGGCGAUUAUCCCAGUAAGCCACGUCCAGAAAACGCCGAGCGAGGUCAAUACGCUGCCGAAUAUGAUAAUCCCAUGAGAUUGGUUGAUCAUUUCGAUUAUCGUUAUCGAGAGAAAAUAACAUUCUCUGCUACUGCUACAGCAAUACGUUUCCUUAACAGGCUGCCCGCUGAGCAGCGAACCCAGAUCCGCAGGCUCACAUUGCUUGAAGUCUCUCCAUCAGUCAACAUGCCUUCACUUCACGCCCAGGGCCUGGUCCCUUUGUUUAAGGAGAAUCCCUUUCUUCGAGUGGAGCGCCGUGUCAGUCUUUUUGGCUGUAUCGACAACUUCGCGGGGCCGAGCAAGGACUGGAUGACUCGAGCCAAAACCACACCGUUAUAUGGCCCUUCCUUCCUCCCAAAGUUACAAUCCUGGCUUAUUGACGCUCUUGCUGUGCGGGACUUGGAUAUCCCCCCAGGUUCCUUCAUCUUUACUUUGGAGGGUGGACCCUUUGGUGAUCUUUGUACCGAGGUUUUCCAGGGGUGCGUUCACGUGGCCAUUGCGGAGGGCGAAGCAUUCGAUAAAUGCUGUGAACUUGACCUCUUCAGAUCUAUAUAUGAGUUGUCUGCAACACCGGAUAAGUUCUACCUCGAGCCCAGAUUCAGGGAAGCGGUUGAGCACUUGGUCAACAAGAAGUCGAUCUUGCGUUCGGACUUUCACCCUGGGGUUCCGGUAGACCCCAAUGUAUUAGUCGAGGAAACUAAAGGGUUUGAUGAUGUAGAAGACCGUAUUGACAGAUGGGAUUUUCAAGCAAGACACUUUGGCUGCAAGAUGCCUACUGAUCUAUUCUACGAUGUUAUGCUACCUGCCAAAUAUGACCUUCAGACCAGGGAGCAGUAUAUCGAGUCACAGGGAGGAAAGGUCAAGGAGCAAGAUUCGUAA